CUGUUUCUCAGUAUCGCCCCUUUGACCCCUGUAAGCAGCUUUGGUGUGCUCACCCAGACAACCCCUUUUUCUGCAAGACCAAAAAAGGUCCGCCCAUUGAUGGCACUAAAUGCGGUGAUGGGAAGCACUGUUUUAAAGGCCACUGUAUGCAGUUGACUCCAGACAUCAUAAAACGGGACGGAAGCUGGGGGAUGUGGAGUGAGUUUGGUGCCUGCUCUCACCCCUGUGGAAGGGGACUACAGUUUCGCACACGAGCUUGUGACAAUCCACGUCCAGCUAACGGUGGACGUAUUUGCUCCGGCCCAAGUUAUCAGUUCCAGAUUUGUAAUACGCAUGAGUGUGAGGACCCGUACCACGACUACAGAGCCGAGCAAUGUAGCAUGAUGGACAACAAGUUUGAGUACCAGAAUACCUGGCACCACUGGCUGCCUUAUGAACACCCCGACCCUAAGCAACGCUGCAAACUGUACUGUCAAUCCAAAGAAACGCGAGCUGUAGUCAACAUGCAGACUCCGGUGGAACCUGGAACACGCUGUUCCUACAAAGAUCCCUACAGUGUGUGUGUGGCCGGAGACUGUGAGAAAGUGGGCUGUGAUAAUGUGGUUGGAUCAGCUCUACAGGAAGAUAAGUGUGGCAUCUGCGGGGGAGAUGGAACCAAGUGCAAGACUCACAAGUUUAACUUCACCUUUGUAGAGAAGAAAGGUGUCAUUAAAGUGCUGGAAGUUCCCAGAGGGGCGAGACAUCUCUUCAUUCAGGAACUUAAUGGGACUACUCACAUUUUAGGUAAAGCCUGA